AUGGCGAACAGCAUGGAUGAGGGAGGCUAUAAUGACAGCAAUCGCGCAUUUCUCCAAGCUUUCAUGGCCCGCUCGACCAUGACCUUCGAAGAAGCAAGGCCUGUUCUAGCCGCCAUUUUUUCUGCACAAGACGGCCAACCCAUAUCCGCUGAAGAUAUUACUGAAGAUGAUCUUGCCUCUUAUAUCGCCGCCGCAAACAGCGCCAUUUCUCCCUUCGACCUAGAGAUUAGGAGUACCUUGCGACAGGCACAGAUAGACCAACAGGAUGGCGCAAACAAUGGAGGUCCCGAACGAGUGUAUGCGCUGGUUAACACCACUAGCGAUGCGCUGAUGCAACUGGCGACUAUCCACACGGCAGAUGAAAUUGCUUUCGUUAAGCGGCUACUCGAUGCAAUGUUCGAAACGCACAAUACCCGGAUAUCGGAAGGGAUGGUCAUCACCGGAAUGCAAGCCAUGCAGCUAGCCAAGGCUGGUGACGCCAAUCGUCGAGAAUCCGGUGCUGCGACGCAGCAAAGCCAAGGCGGGGCAGCGCAGUCGCUGAGUAUGUCACAGGCAGAGAUGGUGAUGAGCCAGCUUGUGGAUGAAGGAUGGUUUGAGAAGAGCCGCAAAGGGUUUUACAGCUUGAGCCCGCGGGGCUUGAUGGAAUUGCGUGGAUGGUUGGUUGCAACCUACAAUGAUGAGAAUGAUGAGGGGCAAAGGGCGAAUAAGAUCAAGUUCUGUGCUGCGUGCAGGGAUAUAAUUACUGUGGGUCAACGCUGCGGUAACCGUGAUUGCCAUGGCCGACUUCAUGACCAUUGCCUUCGCAACUUCUUUCGCGUGCAGCAGGCAGAAAAGUGCCCCGUUUGCAAGGCUGACUGGCCCGGGAACAAAUUUGUUGGAGAGAGAGCGAUUACCUCGACAGAGCGACACAUGCAAAAUAAGAGGAGAAGCAUGAAUACCCAGCGCAGAAGUGACGUUGGAUCUAGCACGCAGGUUGCUAGCGAUGACGCCAACGAAGAGGAAAAUAGUGACGAGGAUGGCGGCUGA